AUGUAUGUCGUCGUCAUUUUUCAGGUUAUAUACGAUCAUGGGGGAAGAAACUUCUGGGUCCAUAACACAGGGCCGCUAGGAUGUGUCCCUCUCAUGCUGACGUUAAUCGAGCACGUCCCCACCGAUCUCGACGUGAACCGUUGCCAUAAGAACAUGAACGAAGCUUCGAAGAUAUUCAACGAUCAGCUUAGAGCGGCUUGCGACGAACUCAGGUCGGAUUUGGAGGGCGUUACGGUUGUUUACGUCGAUAUUCAUUCCAUCAAAUUCGAUCUCAUCGCCAAUGCUACGAAAUACGGGUUUGAGGAUCCGUUCAUGGCGUGCUGUGGCUCGGGCGGUCCGCCGUACAACUUCAGGUUCGGGGCUCAGUGCGGCCAAAACGGCUCGACGGUCUGCACGGAAGGGUUGAAGUACAACAGCUGGGACGGCGUUCACCUCACCGAAGCCGCGAACCAUUUCAUCUCAUCCAAAUUACUCUCCACCAAUUACUCUUCCCCUCCGCUUCCCCUUAACCAUUUCUGCAACUAACUAAUAAUCAUUUAUGAUUUAUCUAAUACACACUAAUUAAUGACCUAAUGAUGAUUGUAAUA